CCUUCAGAUCAACAAUUUGAAGGUGGGUGUAACCAACAUAACACAUGAUGAUUAGAUCAGAGCUCAAACUAGUGUCGGUUCUCAGGAGGUGAAACUCAGACAGUCGUUGCUACUGAGAGGUGAAAUGGCGCAGAAAGGAGUUCAGCUGGACCAGGAAACAAUCUCUUGUUCGAUCUGUCUGGAUCUACUGAAGGAUCCGGUGGCUACUCCCUGUGGACACAGCUACUGCAUGAACUGCAUUAAAGGCUUCUGGGAUGGAGAGGAUGAGAAGAAGAUCUACAGCUGCCCUCAGUGUAGGCAGACCUUCACAACGAGGCCUGUCCUGAUGAAAAACACCAUAAUAUCAGAUUUAGUGGAGGAACUGAAGAAGACCGGACUCCAAGCUGCUCCUGCUGAUCACUGCUAUGCUGGACCUGAAGAUGUGGCCUGUGAUGUCUGCACUGGUAGGAAACUGAAAGCCUUCAAGUCCUGUCUGGUGUGUCUGGCCUCUUACUGUGAGAAACACCUCCAGCCUCAUUAUGACUCAGCUCCGUUCAAGAAACACAAGCUGGUGGAGCCCUCCAACAAGCUCCAGGAGAACAUCUGCUCUCGUCACGAUGAGGUGAUGAAGAUUUUCUGUCGUACUGAUCAGCAGUGUAUCUGUUAUCUCUGCUUAAUGGAUGAACAUAAAGGACACGACACCGUCUCAGCUGCAGCAGAAAGGACCGAGAGGCAGAGAGAGCUGGAGGUGAGUCGACUCAACAUCCAGCAGACGAUCCAGGACAGAGAGAAAGAUGUGAAGCUGCUCCAACAGGAGGUGGAGGCUGUCAAUCGCUCUGCUGAUAAAGCAGUGGAGGACAGUGAGAAGAUCUUCACCGAGCUGAUCCGUCUCAUGGAGAAAAGAAGCUGUGAUGUGAAGCAGCAGGUCAGAUCCCAGCAGAAAAGCGAAGUGAGUCGAGUCAAAGAGCUUCAGGAGAAGCAGGAGCAGGAGAUCACUGAGCUGAAGAGGAGAGACGCUGAGCUGAAGCUGCUGUCACACACAGAGGAUCACAGCCAGUUUCUACUCAACUACCCCUCACUGUCACCACUCAGUGAAUCUACACACUCAUCCAGCAUCAAUAUCCGUCCUCUGAGAUACUUUGAGGACGUGACGGCGGCUGUGUCAGAAGUCAGAGAUAAACUACAGGACGUUCUGAGAGAGAAAUGGACAAACGUCUCACAGACAGUGACUGAAGUGGAUGUUUUACUGCCACAACCAGAGCCCAAGACCAGAGCUGGAUUCUUACAGUAUUCACGAGAAAUCACACUGGAUCCAAACACAGCAUACCCACGGCUGUUAUUAUCUGAGGGGAACAGAAAAGCAACAUUUAUGAGACAACAACAGUCUUAUUCUAGUCACCCAGACAGAUUCACUGUAUUUAAUCAGGUCCUGAGUAGAGAGAGUCUGACUGGACGUUGUUACUGGGAGGUGGAGUGGAGAGGGGGAGGAGUUUAUGUAGCAGUCGCAUACAAGAGUAUCGGGAGAGCAGGGGGGUGGGAUGAAUGUGGAUUUGGAUACAAUGACAAAUCUUGGGCGUUACGUUGUGUCCAAAAAAGAUAUAUAUUUUGGUACACCAAUGUCCACACCCCCGUCUCAGGUCCUCGGUCCUCCAGAGUAGGAGUGUACCUGGAUCACAGUGCAGGUAUUCUGUCCUUCUACAGCGUCUCUGAAACCAUGACUCUCCUCCACAGAGUCCAGACCACAUUCACUGAGCCUCUCUAUGCUGGACUUAGGUUUAAUUAUUAUGAUGUCACUGCUGAGUUGUGUAAACUGAAACAAACUAGUGUCGGUUCUCAGGAAGUGAAACUCAGACAGUCGUUGCUACUAAGAGGUGAAAUGGCGCAGAAAGGAGUUCAGCUGGACCAGGAAGCAAUCUCUUGUUCCAUCUGUCUGGAUCUACUGAAGGAUCCGGUGACUACUUCCUGUGGACACAGCUACUGCAUGAACUGUAUUAAAGGCUUCUGGGAUGGAGAGGAUGAGAAGAAGAUCUACAGCUGCCCUCAGUGUAGGCAGACCUUCACACCGAGGCCUGUCCUGAUGAAAAACACCAUAAUAUCAGAUUUAGUGGAGGAACUGAAGAAGACCGGACUCCAAGCUGCUCCUGCUGAUCACUGCUAUGCUGGACCUGAAGAUGUGGCCUGUGAUGUCUGCACUGGGAGGAAACUGAAAGCCUUCAAGUCCUGUCUGGUGUGUCUGGCCUCUUACUGUGAGAAACACCUCCAGCCUCAUUAUGACUCAGCUCCGUUCAAGAAACACAAGCUGGUGGAGCCCUCCAAGAAGCUCCAGGAGAACAUCUGCUCUCGUCACGAUGAGGUGAUGAAGAUUUUCUGUCGUACUGAUCAGCAGUGUAUCUGUUAUCUCUGCUUAAUGGAUGAACAUAAAGGCCACGACACCGUCUCAGCUGCAGCAGAAAGGACCGAGAGGCAGAGAGAGCUGGAGGUGAGUCGACUCAGCAUCCAGCAGAGGAUCCAGGACAGAGAGAAAGAUGUGAAGCUGCUCCAACAGGAGGUGGAGGCUGUCAAUCGCUCUGCUGAUAAAGCAGUGGAGGACAGUGAGAAGAUCUUCACCGAGCUGAUCCGUCUCAUGGAGAAAAGAAGCUGUGAUGUGAAGCAGCAGGUCAGAUCCCAGCAGAAAAGUGAAGUGAGUCGAGUCAAAGAGCUUCAGGAGAAGCUGGAGCAGGAGAUCACUGAGCUGAAGAGGAGAGACGCUGAGCUGAAGCUGCUGGUACACACAGAGGAUCACGGCCAGUUUCUGCUCCACUACCCCUCACUGUCACCACUCAGUGAAUCUACACACUCAUCCAGCAUCAAUAUCCGUCCUCUGAGCUACUUUGAGGACGUGACGGCGGCUGUGUCAGAAAUCAGAGAUAAACUACAGGACGUUCUGAGAGAGAAAUGGACAAACGUCUCACAACCAGUGACUGAAGUGGAUGUUUUACUGCCACAACCAGAGCCCAAGACCAGAGCUGGAUUCUUAAAGUAUUCACGAGAAAUCACACUGGAUCCAAACACAGCAUACACAGAGCUGUUAUUAUCUGAGGGGAACAGAAAAGCAACAUACGUGAAACAACAACAGUCUUAUUCUAGUCACCCAGACAGAUUCACUGGAUGGGAACAGGUCCUGAGUAGAGAGAGUCUGACUGGACGUUGUUACUGGGAGGUGGAGUGGAGAGGGGGAGGAGUUUAUGUAGCAGUCGCAUACAAGAGUAUCAGGAGAGCAGGGUGGGUGAAUGAAUGUGUGUUUGGAUACAAUGACAAAUCUUGGGCGUUAUAUUGUGACCAAAACAGUUAUAUAUUUUUUUACAACAAUGUCGAAACCCCCGUCUCAGGUCCUCUGUCCUCCAGAGUAGGAGUGUACCUGGAUCACAGUGCAGGUAUUCUGUCCUUCUACAGCGUCUCUGAAACCAUGACUCUCCUCCACAGAGUCCAGACCACAUUCACUGAGCCUCUCUAUGCUGGACUUGGGCUUUAUUAUGAUGAUACCACUGCUGAGUUGUGUAAACUGAAAUAGACAGAAGUGUUCACGUUUUCUGGGGAUUGUGUCAGCGGUUCAUUGAAUCAUUACAUCGUGCUGUUGUUUAUGUUUGUUUAAGUUACGCUACGUUGUGCUUCGUAUUGUGUUACCGUGCAUUCACACCAAGCAAGAAGCAAAUUAGCAAGCCACACGUCGCUAUUGUGGUAUA